AUGUAUGAGAAGAAUUCAAUCGGUGAGUUUCCGAGAGCAGAAAUAAAAAGAAUGGCACAGCUCGCAUUUGACCGGCUAUUCCUGUGCAAGAACUGGUACUUGUCCAAAUAUGUACCAAAAUAUGCCAAUGCCAUGUGCGAUAUUAAGUGGUUGUGGAACAAUGAAUACCUCAUGUGCCCUCUUCUGAUCAAUCUAGAUCUGCCUAUCUAUCCUCUGUGCCAUCUUUUAUUCGAAAAAAGAGUGUAUUGA